UUCUAAGUGACCCCAAACUUUUGAACGGUAGUGUAUGUACCUUAUCACUUAUUUCCUCUACCUUUCUCUCCUCUUCCUCCCCCUCUCUUUAUCUCCUCCUCCCCGUCUUCCAGUAGUUCUGAUCUGUGUACUUAUUGGAGGAGAGAAGGUGAAGGGGAAGUGUUAUGUGUGAGAAACUCAGCAUGCUGAAUCUACAGAACACAUCCAGCUGGACUGGGCCAAACAACUGGUACCAUCAACCAACACAGCACGAUGGCUGUGUGGUGGAUGACGUGAGUGUGCGGAUGGUAGGAGGAGGAGAAGGAGUGCAAAGAGAGAGGGAUGAGGCAGAUGACGCACAGCAUCACCUCCAGCUGAAGAGAAAGCUCCAGAGGAAUCGCACUAGUUUCACCCAGGAGCAGAUUGACGCGCUGGAGAAAGAGUUUGAACGGACACAUUACCCAGAUGUCUUUGCCAGAGAGAGAUUGGCAGCUAAAAUCGACCUUCCAGAGGCUCGCAUUCAGGUGUGGUUUUCCAAUCGGCGAGCCAAAUGGAGGAGGGAGGAGAAGUUGCGCAAUCAGAAGAGAUCAGGGGGCGGGACUUCCUGUUCUCAGGCACACGCCCCCCUCAGCACCUCCUUCAACACAGGUGUCUAUCACUCUCACCAUGGCAACAGCUCAGCCUCAAUGCACAGUCGCAGUGACAACUCUCUCUCAGGCUACGGCUCUCUCUCAGUCUUCUCCAAUAUGCAGUCAUUGCCACCCCAGUCCGCUCCUUCUUACCCCUGCAUGCUCCCUCCCUCCCCCUCCUCUCCUCCCCCCCUGGCCCGGAAGUUUGACUCCCUCUCUUACCCCUCUCCUCACCUGCCUCCCCCUCACUCUGCCAGCUCCAACACAGGUGAGUCUCUGCAGCAUGUGUGCAUGUGUGUCUGUGAAGAUCUAGUAUUUAGUUUAGGUGCCACUUUGCCAACUCAUCCUUCUUGUCUUUGUUUCUCUUUCUCUUUGUCUCUCUGUCUCUCUCUGUCUGUCUCCCAGGAUAUCUCUCUCUGGUGUGUCGGGUAGUGAGCAGGACUUAGGUCAGUACUGGACCAGACUCCAGUGAGAAUAACAAAGUUACGGCAUGACACUAGAUCACCACCAAACCUGCCAGUAUCUGAAGAUCCACCUAUUCACUGUGACUGUGACAGACUAAGAUACGCAAACACCCAAUCCGUUACAAUCCAAAGCGAUUACAAUCAGUCAUUCUAAUAAUGACAAAAACUACCAAUAAAAGUAUCAAUGACCUGCAACAGCCAAUGACAAUCAUGGAUGGGCCAUGGAACCACCAAUGACAAUCUAGUAUUGGCCUGAAGCAGCCGAUGACAAUCAAGUAUUGGUACUGGACUAGUAAUUACAAUUAAGCUUGAUCUCAGCGUACAAUGCCAUCAAAUGAUGAACUGGAACUGGAUCCCAGCAGAUUCACUCACUCUUUCACUCACUCACUCAAUCCUUUUGAUGUUUGUUCAGAUCAAACAGACAAUCAAGCAUUGAAAUGAAAUCCCCAAUCAUAGUCAAGCAUGGAUUUCAUUUAAUCAAUGACAGUCCAGCAGGGAUUAGUGUAACCAAUGACCUAGGAGAGUUGAAGACAAUCAAAAACCAAUACUAGUGAAUAAGGAUGUUACUGUGAUGCCAUAUUUUUGUCCUCCUCCUCUCUCCAUUCCUUUCUUUCAAUCGGACUUUUGCAAUCCUACCCCUUCUAAAAUCCUUUCCUUCACCUGUACAUUUAGCAGUGUGUGUGUGUGUGUGUGCGUGUGUGAGUGUAUGUGCAGGCAUGAGUGAGUGUUUGUAUGUGUGUAGUUGCAUUUCGUGUAUGUGUGUGUCUUUAAACUGCUAAUCAUUUUAGUGUAUUCCCUUUUUGUGAAGCUGUUUGAACAAAGAAAUAAAAUCUAAAUGUGAAACUAAACAA